UAAACUUUACAAAUUUGAACUAUCACAUCGAUCAACUUUCAUUUUUGCCUACUACACCUCAGAGUUCAAAAAGUUUAGGGUAUAAAAUUGUUUGUUAAAUCUCGUCAAUUCGUGAAACAGCUCCACUCAUAUCUACAAAAAAGAAUUAAAAUUUAAGACUUGAUUUCUCAUAAUCCAGCAAUGAACGCUAGCAGGAGCAGUGAUUUAAUUCAAGCAGAGAACAUCAUCAACAACAACGAUAAUGAAUCCGACUCCGACACCAAUUCCGAUCUAGGCGCACCUGAAUACUACCAGCCCAUUGCUGAAGAGGACGGCGGUUCCGAUGAAGAGCUACAACUACGGCAACAUGAAGCUGUGGAGAACGGAAUAUCGUCUCUUCAUUUAAACGGCGGCGACUUGGAAGAAGACGAUGAGGAGGAGAUAGUCGAAGAAGCGGCGAUUGUAAGAGCCUUUAGAGAGGAUGAGAAUCGCCGGAAUGCGCCGCUGAAUCCGGAGAAUGCAAUUCGUGUUAUGGAGGCGAUGCGCGGAAUUUCAUUUUCCGGUUCGGCUCCUGAUUGGGCGGGUCGGGUUCCUGAGGACCAGUGGAUCCAUCAGAUUCGUUCGUUAAGGAGCCCACAGCAGCAACAGCAAAAUUAGACUCGUCUUGUCGUGUGCUUAUUUAGUCGUUUCAUCAGGAAAAUUUACUUCUGACUUUGUAAAUUGUAAUUGAGCACAAAAGCAGACUCAUUUUAUCAAAUAUUACUCAUUGUUUUUGCA